AUAGCAGUGCUUCCUUAAACUCCAAACAAAACAUGCGUUAUUGCUUUUUCCCUUAGGGUUUGAGCAAACAACUUUUACAUUUUUACGCAAAUUAUAUUUUUAUCUGAAUAACAAGAAUGGAGCAUUCGGUGCCCAAAAAUAAGCUGAAGAAACUCAGUGAAGACAGUCUUACCAAGCAGCCAGAGGAAGUAUUUGAUGUUCUUGAAAAGCUUGGAGAAGGAUCAUAUGGAAGUGUUUUUAAAGCCAUUCACAAGGAAUCAGGCCAAGUUGUGGCCAUUAAACAGGUUCCUGUCGAAUCAGACCUGCAAGAGAUCAUCAAGGAGAUCUCCAUAAUGCAGCAAUGUGACAGCCCAUAUGUGGUGAAGUACUAUGGCAGCUAUUUCAAAAACACAGAUCUGUGGAUUGUGAUGGAGUACUGUGGUGCUGGAUCUGUGUCUGAUAUUAUUAGACUGCGCAACAAAACGCUUACUGAGGAUGAGAUUGCCACGGUCCUCAAAUCCACACUGAAAGGUCUGGAAUAUCUCCAUUUUAUGAGGAAAAUCCACAGGGACAUCAAAGCCGGGAAUAUUCUCCUCAACACUGAAGGUCAUGCUAAACUAGCUGAUUUCGGAGUAGCUGGACAACUUACCGACACAAUGGCCAAGAGGAACACAGUUAUAGGAACACCCUUCUGGAUGGCGCCCGAAGUAAUCCAAGAAAUUGGGUACAACUGUGUGGCAGAUAUCUGGUCUCUCGGCAUCACAUCCAUAGAAAUGGCUGAAGGAAAGCCUCCGUAUGCAGACAUACAUCCAAUGAGAGCUAUUUUUAUGAUUCCCACAAACCCUCCACCCACGUUCCGCAAGCCAGAACAUUGGAGUGACGAUUUCACAGAUUUUGUGAAGAAAUGUCUGGUGAAAAACCCAGAACAGAGAGCAACGGCAACUCAACUGCUGCAGCAUCCGUUUAUAGUCGGUGCUAAGCCGGUGUCUAUCCUGCGUGACCUGAUCACAGAGGCGAUGGAUAUGAAGGCCAAGAGACAGCAGGAGCAGCAGAGAGAGCUGGAGGAGGAUGAUGAGAACUCGGAGGAGGAAGUGGAAGUUGAUUCCCACACGAUGGUGAAGUCUGGUUCCGAGAGUGCUGGCACUAUGAGAGCCACGGGAACCAUGAGUGACGGGGCUCAGACUAUGAUUGAACAUGGCAGCACCAUGCUGGAGUCUAACCUGGGCACUAUGGUUAUCAACAGCGAUGAUGAGGAAGAAGAGGAAGAUCUUGGCUCAAUGAGAAGAAAUCCUACGUCUCAACAAAUCCAGCGUCCAUCUUUCAUGGACUACUUUGACAAGCAGGACUCAAACAAAGCACAAGAAGGAUUCAAUCACAACCAGCAGGACCCGUGUUUAAUCUCCAAGACUGCUUUCCCUGAUAACUGGAAAGUGCCUCAAGAUGGAGAUUUCGAUUUCCUGAAAAACCUCGAUUUCGAGGAGCUCCAAAUGCGUCUUACUGCUCUGGAUCCCAUGAUGGAGCGAGAGAUCGAAGAGCUGCGACAGCGCUACACAGCCAAGAGGCAACCCAUUCUAGACGCCAUGGAUGCAAAGAAACGCCGGCAGCAAAACUUCUAACUAUUGCUGAAGCUUAGAAGAGAUCUAAUGUGUUUAAUCUUUGUACUGAUCUGCAUCUUACUCUAGAUUCCUGCUGUUUGUACGUUUGAAGAAGCUCCCACAUUCAAAUCACUUUUCCUACUCAAAGAUCUUUAAUAUUAGUUGAAGUUAAAAUCAUUCACAAUCUUAAUCAGUCUCACCCUGUUAUUAUUAUGAAGUUUAGCCAAUUCGGUUGCUCUUUAAUUUCCGAUUCAGCCAUUUUAGCAUCAAUGGGUAAUACUUUCUUAUUACUGUAAAUCAGACAAAGUUGAAAAAUAACUGUGAAGAUUUUGUGGCUGGAUUCAUACGAAAUGCUGGUUGAACUUUUUUAGGUGUGAAUAGAUUACUAAACCAAAGACAAUCAGACAUAGAGAAUGCCUUAGAGCGCGUGUUAACCCUCAUUUUUGAAGUUUGCAUCGCCAAGCUAUAAGGUGGUAUUCGGAUAAUAUGGGACCAUGUUACAGUAGAGAAUGUACAACGUCUUUACUGGAAUCAAGUUUAAGAGAAGGAGAAAUGCUUUCCAUUCCAUCGCAAUCUUUCCCUCUUCGGCACAAAGUGAGCUUUGAACACAUCAGUCCACGGCUUUGUAAAUAUGCAUGGCUUAUUUAUGCUGAAUGUCACUUUCUGAAUGUUUCUGUGUGACGUCUUCCCUAUGUUUGCUUCACGGUCAUAUCUGUGUGAGGAAGUGAGAACUACUUUUCCCGUGCCCCAUUUUUAAGUUCUCGCUUUAUCUCAGGGGUUGCUUGGCUUUGAACUGUCUCUCUUUCUACAUAAUAACAAUGCAGUGAUUUUGCAUUUCCGAUUAUGGUAAUGGUACCAUCAAUACUAGGCCUAUUGAGUCUCUCUCUAUACCUACAAAAAGCAAUACGGUAACUCAAGGAUGUAGUAAUGUAACAAUACGAGUAAUGUAAAUGGCUUACAAACAUUGCUGAUUCUUUUAAGAGAAGGAUGAGUUGAUUUAAAUAGACCUUAAAAGUCUCACAAGAACUCUUAUUAUGGACUGAUGAUGUCUCUGAAGUAUAGUCUGUUAAUUUUUUUUCUUUUUUUUCUUUUCUUUUUUUUUUUUUUUUUUUUUUUUUUUUUUUUUUUUACAAAAGCGUAUUAGUAAGAUAGUUAGGGAUGUUACCAAUGCCUUACGUUUCCUGCAGUUGUGUUAUAUCAGUUUAUUUCAUACUCUGACAUUUACAUAGGCACAUUUUUACUGAACACUCUAAUUUAUUGUGCAUUAUUCUUAUUGUAUGUUAUUUUUGCACUCUGCAUAGUUUGAAUAAAGGUCUGUUACUUGUCUCCCUUAA